AUGACCGGCAAGAAUGAAGACCAGGCGUCUUCGUCACUGACUGCCUCGCACGACUCCUCCAUGGCCUCACCGUCCGCCCCGCGAGCUCCUCCGCCGGAAAAACCAGAGGCCAUCCAGAUGCGGUUCAAGGUGAUAGCUGCAUUCUGGGCCGUCAUUGUCUUCCUUGGGCUUCCCAUCUGGUGGAAGACAACGUCCAUUUACCGAGCUCAGCUGCCCAUUCAAGACAUGGUCGACUGGGCCGAUGGAAAAACUUGUCGUCCAGUAUUCCCUCUCGAGAUCCGAUUCGAAAUCCCAUCUCUACCAGAGCCCGACGCGCAGCAUCUCUUGCGCGCCACCCAGCACACCCUCGAUGAUCUGAACGAGUUCUCGGCACAUCAUCUGCGACUGAAGCUGUCGGACGACAACGAUGAUAGCAAGGCCGAUACUGCCUUGACGGUUCGACUGCUCGCUCACGAUGACUUGGCUGCUCCCCAAUCAGAGCUUCAUGCCGACAUGACUCAGCUGGAUGUGUACUAUCCGCCUACUCAAGUUCCCCUACCGUCCUCUUCCAACUUUCCGCUGUCGGCGUAUAUCGCGGGAACCCUGCAGAAUCUAUUCACGGAGGAGAAAGCCAUAGUGGCCCAUAUCCUGUCCGACAACAAUGGCAUCGGUGCUAGUGCCAACACCCCGGCCUCGUCGAACAAUCAGCAGCCCUCUGCGCUCCUCAACUCCAUCUCUCCCCAGCUAUCGGAGAGUAUCAGCAGGCGAUUGCGCCGUUCGAUGAAGCAUGCGGACACCUAUCACCUGGCCUUCUCGCUUUUCACUCCUGGUCCGCAGCCAUGGUCCUGGGACAUCCAAGCCGCCGUCGACGAGUAUAUUGCGCCUCUCCUGAAUGCCUAUGCUCCUAUUAGCAACUUCACCGUCGAUACCCAGGUCCAGCUCUAUGCGGGCUUCUCCCCCAACGCGCCCCUCCCAGAGUACGACGAGUCGCAGCGGGCGUGGACGUUGAAGACGGAAGAUCUCAGUGCCUUUAUUAACGCCGCCGAAUGGCCCUUGAGCCCUAGUAUCGGUGCCGGUCCCACCAUCAACUUCAUCCUCUAUGUCCCGGAGCCCUCCCAAUCCCCGAUGGUCGUCAAGGAGAGCAGCGCCACCAGCUGGAUCAUCCCCCAAUGGGGCGGAGUGUUCCUACUCAAUCCCCCUCUGUCCACAACCUCCAGUCGUCCCACCAACCCGGCGCAUCUACCGCAGGAGUCCCUGCGGCCGGCCUUCCUGACCUUCUCGCAUCAGCUUCUGACUCUGCUGGGUGCCCCAACCACACCCACUUCCCUGCCCUUCCGUCUUCAAACUCUCAUCCGCGUGCGCGCUGCCACCCUCAUCUUCUCCGCCUCAUCCACCAUAGGCUCCCUCGCCCGUCUCACGGAGUCCCUCCCGUCUAUCCCGAUCCCUGCCUCGGUCGCCACCUCCGUGUCCACCACCCUCUCUCAUCUGUCGUCCGCGUGCACGAAUCUGCAAGAGGGCCGCUUCCAUGCGGCAUUGGCCAACGCCCGUAUCGCCGAGUCGGAGGCCGAGCGCAGUUUCUUCGAGAAGAGCAUGGUCGGUCAGGUCUAUUUCCCCGAUGAACAUAAAGUCGCCGUCUAUCUACCCUUACUAGGCCCGGUCGGGGUGCCGUUGGUUGUGGGACUCCUCAAAGAGAUCAAGCGGAUAGUCGCCAGUUGGAAGGCUAGGAAAUUACGUCAGUGA